AUGCCGACGCAGGAAUACGCGGUCAACGAGUUCAGCUUGAGCACCCAGCCUCACUUCAACCUGCUCAGGAUCUUGGGCGGCUGGGGCAAUGUGAAUGGUCCGGGACUUUUCAUGAUUGCAGGCAUGUCAGCGGCCGCCGUCUUUGGCCUCUCGGCCGCGAUGAUCGGGAGCACUAUCUGGGGCACUGCGGCUCUGCCCUUCAUCGUCGGAUCGUCGUUGGGUUUCGCGCUGGGUAGUACCAGAUGGUACGUGACCGCCACGAAGGAAGCCCUGCUCCAGCUGGACAACUACCCGUCCCUCUUGCGCCUUCAUCUCAUCGCCAACUUCCCGUGGAAGCCGGAGCUGGGCCGCAAAGGCCUCGCGUGGUAUACUUCCGACAGAUUCAAUUCGAGCUGGCAGAUGAGGAGCAUGCUUGUGGUUGGGUGGCUUACGGCGCAGCCCGCCCUUGACGACAUUCGAAACCGGACCGAGGCCGAGCUUGUGGAGAGUUACACGAGACAGGGCUAUACCGACGUGGAAGAGCUGGGCGGCAAGCCCGAGGACGAGUAG